ACUCGACACGCCCGCCCACGUCGCGUGUCUGCCACCGCCUAGCCACGAACCAAACACUACCGUGGUACCGUCUGCACUUGCUGACUGGCGCUGUGGCUGCCGACGACAUCAGCUUUGUCAGGUGUUUCGGCCGUUGUCCAGCAUGUUCGAGCGUUGACGAGGCUGCCAGGUAGUACGCGUCUCCAUUGCUGCAAGCAAACACAUGACCUCUUUUCUUUGCUAUUGACGUGCUUCCCGUUCUUCUACCUACAACUGACCGUGGCCGCUCGAAGAUCCUGACACAAAAUCACACGUCGGGCAGGAGCGGGCAUGCGCCUUGCAGACCGCAAAGUGGCAAGUGGCGUUUUCGACUUUCAGAAACCGGCAACUAGCCAAGGCCAUACUCUCCUUUACCAGCUCUUCGCUACUCAGCAUACGCGUCUUAUAAUCUCUGGCGACCAGGAACAUGUCCAGCUGGCGCCCGCCGGGCCCUCCGGGCAACCACCGACCCGCCUUUCCAGGAAACAACCGCACUCCUUCUGAAGGAGGGCCCAGCGGCGUACAUCGCUCGUCUCCCAUCCAAUUCAAAGAGACCGAGUCACUCUUCAACACCUACGAACAUCUCUCCGGACUCCCUCGGAGCGAUGACGCUCUACUCUUACUCCGCAAGAUUGCCUCCGUGGUCAAACCCAUCAUGCGAAAGCGAGGGUGGAAAGUCUCAGUCCUAGCCGAGUUCUUGCCUCCAGAGCCCAACUUACUAGGGCUCAACAUCAACAAAGGCUACAAGAUCUGCGUUCGUUUACGCUACCACAACAACCCAGACCUCUUCCUGCCGUUUGAAGAAUGCGUCGAUACCAUGUUACACGAACUUUCACACAACGUCUGGGGGCCGCAUGAUUCGAACUUUCACAAAUUGUGGGAUGAACUCCGUGAUGAGCAUGAAGUUCUCGUUCGGAAAGGAUACACUGGGGAAGGGUUCCUUGGCUCUGGCAAUCGCCUCGGAGGGGCGUAUGCCGGUCGUCCUCAAUUACCGGCACACGAACUGCGUCGCCUGGCACGCGCGUCAGCUGAGAAGCGCAAAAAACAAGGUACACUGAGCAAUGGGUCUGGUCAACGACUGGGCGGCACACCAAUUCACCGCGGUCAAGACGUUCGAUCAGUCAUCGUCGACCAGAUCACGAAGCGAAAUAAUGCGAUGAGCGAAGUUAGUUGCGCUUCUGGACGCCAAGACGCUGGCAAACUUUCUCAGGAGAGCAGCGACAAGACAUUCAAAACCAAAGCGGAAGAAGACGAUGCCAACAAUCGGGCAAUCGCGCAGGCACUCUUUGAAUUAAUGGAGCAGGAAGAGGAGCAGAAAUUGUUCUCAGAAGGUGGAUUGAAGUGGAGUAAGGAAGCUGGACUCUACAGUGCGAACGAAGCUGGCAGUUCUUCGUCCGCCACCACAAGCAGUCACCCUAGUGAGGAAGACCAGCUGAAGUGGGCUCUCGCUGAGAGCACGGGAGUGUCUCCCGCUCAACCUACAGCUCUAACGCAGUGGACCUGCGAAAUAUGCACAUGCAUUAACCCUCUCCAGUUCCUGGCCUGCGAUGCAUGCGGCGUUGAGCGACCCCAGACUGCUCUCGUCAAAGAGAAGUCGAAAUCUCGUAAACCGUCCAAUCCGAGCCCGGGUGUCACACGGAAGCCGGUGCGGUCUUCACGAGAUCUCAACGUGAAGCCACUACCGACCAAGACGGCAGCUGAGCGCUUUCCCACCAAGCAGCCAAACCCGAAUGCCAGUAUCGGGUGGCAGUGCAGCCGUUGCGGCACAUUCAUGGAGCACCAGUGGUGGACGUGCUCGGCCUGCGGACUGCUGAAAGACAGCUCUUGAGAGCCCGAUCCGAGAGAUGGCGCAAAGUGACAGUGCCGAUCGUUUCUUGCGCGAGCCCUGUACAGGGGAUGCAGUUGCUUUUCGGCCAGUUAGACGAGCGAAGAUACCCAUGCAAUGACAUUGACAGCUGCCGAACGUCUUCAAUCGGCUGCUGCUGCUCCAGAAUCGUCGCCAUAGCCAGAAAC